AUGUCUAUCAACAACCAGGUAAAGCGAGAAGUUUUCCACCUUCACCCAACCGGGUGGGAACUAGAUCCCGAAGAGGAGAAGUUCAAGCUUUCAACUCUUGACUACCUUGUUUCUUGUGUCUACGUCAGCUAUGCCAUUUUCUUCAAGAUUGACGACGAUGAGGGAAAGCCCAAGGUGGUUGAAUUGUUGAAACAAGGUCUUGAAAAGACUUUGAGCCAGACUCGGCACCUGUGCGGCAAUAUCGAGAAAGACCCCGACGGAGGCCACUCCUUCGUCAAGAAGCGCGACAGCACCGUCCAGUUCGUGACGAAAUGGCUGGACCAGGCUGAGCACGAGGGCAUUUACCCCCCUCAUUUCAGUGUGUCUCCCAUGACAUACGGUGAGAAGUCUGCGGCCUUCCUGGGUACCCAACCCAAGGCGGCGGCUUUCCAGGCCACCUUUAUUCGGGGCGGCCUUGUGUUUAUGAUGCAUCAUCAUAUGGGGAACGACGUGAUGGGAUGGGCAGGGGAGUUCCACCAACUUGCCGAAAAUUGUGCCGCCAUCUGGAACAAAACAGCGUUUCCUCCCUGGGAUCGCGCAUGUCUGGAUGUUUCCCCCUUCACCAAGAAGGAUUAUCCCACGGAUCAACAAGUGGAGGGGCCUGCACCACCGCAAAAGCACCCAGGCCACAAGAAGGCACAAUGGCUUCUCUUCCAUCUCCCCAAGAGCAAGGCUGCCGAACUGAAAAAGCUGGCAUCUCCAGCCGACGGUUCAUACUGGAUCUCGACCUACGACGCCUUCAACGCCUUCGCCUGGAGAACGCUCUCACGCCUUCGCGCCAAAGUGUACAAGCCAGACCCGUCAUCAACGCCCCUCUGGGGAGAGGCAGUCGACAUGCGGAAGCGCUGCACCAACCCCCGAGUCCCAGCCCGCAUCCAGCACAACGUCGUCGCCGUCGCGCUCUCCACCCAGGCCCCCGCGCCGCAGCUGACCGCCGCCGAGAUCAUCUCGGACGCGCCCCUGAGCAGGCUCGCCUGGUUCAUCCGGCAGCUCACCAACAGCACGACGCAGGGGAGCCUGGACAGGACCCUCGACGCCGUCGCGCCCGUGCGCGACAAGUCGUCGCUCUUCCUGCGCUGCGACUCGUUCGAGCCCAUGUACAGCUUCACGACCGACUGGCGGGACACGAACGUCGCCGGGGCGGACUUUGGGUUUGCCAAGCCGUAUGCGUUCCGCUUUCCUAUGAACUAUGUCACGCCUGGGCUGCAGAUUGUGUACCCGCCGCGGAGCGACGACCCUGGGUCUGAUGAGGGGCCGGAGCUUUGUAUUGGGUUCGAGAAGGAGUUGACCCAGGAGCUUCUUGAGGACCCUGAAUGGUCCAAGUACUUUGAGUUCAGGGGUAUUGAUGCUGAAGAAGAGGAUUAA